GACAACAGCUAAAAGAGUUAUUUCACUACUUGUAUGUAUUAUGUAUAACAGUCUAUCUGUGAGGAUGAAAAGGGAGGCGUUCAUCUGUGUGAUUCUCGCAAUUAUUAUUAGUGCCAAUGGACAAGUUUGUCCACCUGGAUGGGUUGAUGGUCCUAUGGGCAAGAAGUGCUACCUUUUUGCUGAUAACCACCAAAGAAAUUGGUUUGAAGCUAAAUAUGUAUGUAAUUCUAUGCGGGCAGAGUUGUUAUCAAUUGAGGACUCCCUUGAAAUGGCAUGGAUUAAACAAGAACUGAAGAGAGUAAAAGCACAGGUAACUGGUACUUCAGAAUGGUGGACCAGUCUACAAAAGAAUGGAACAGUUUGGAACUGGAGUAGUAAUAUUGCAUUAGAUGACACUGUUGUACGCUGGGGUUCAGGUGAACCCAAUAAUUAUCAGAACAAGGAACAUUGCGCAGAAAUCUGUUGCCCACAUUUCUUAAAUGAUAUCAAUUGUGAAAAAAGGAUCAAUUAUAUUUGUGAACUUGAUAAAGAGACAAAUCCAUUGACCUGUGAUGCAGAUAAUGGAUGGGAGUACCACCAGGGAUCAUGUUAUAAAUUUGUCCAAAAAUUCAAGACGUGGAAUCAGUCAGCAUUAGACUGUAAAGAUUUAGACUCUAACCUGGCAGCUGUUGCAGAUACUGGUCCCCUACAUGCAGUUUCUACAAUAUCUAGCUUCCAACAGUACGAUUCCUGGGUUGGAAUUAUAAGGAAAUACAAGACAUUCUUUUAUACAAAUUCCUCUGAAGCUAUUGGAAUUGAUAGUUAUAUACAGCCAAGUAAAACAACAGAUAAUUUUGACCCUGCCUGUUUGACUAUAAACAGUACAGUUAAGGAUGCAGCAAAAGGCCUGUAUCCUGAUAGCUGUACAACUCCGAAACCAUACAUCUGUCAAAAGCCUGAAGGAGUAUGUAAACCUGGAUAUCAACAGCAUCAGUCAAUGUGUUACUAUCUGUCGUACACAGAACAGAACAGAACUGGUGCUGAAACACUUUGUAAAGCCAUGAAAAUGUCAGUGGUGGACAUUACUAGUGCUAGUAAAUCAUCAUAUCUGGUCAGUUUGUUGAAGCAGAGAGGAGAUAUUGGUGAAAUAUGGAUUGGAUUAAAAAAACAGAGUACUAAUAACUGGUACUGGCCUAGCACAGGCGAAGUUCCAUCGUUGAAAUACUGGACAUACAUCUCUCCAAAUAGCAACGAAACAUUGUAUGACUGCGCUUAUAUGAAUGUUGGAGAUAAUGGCAAAUGGAAUAUAAACUUCCCAUGUAAUAGAACACUCAGAGUUGUAUGUGAGGUACCAGCUACAACAAGUUUUACAACUACAACAGUGGCUCCACCUACUACUACUACAACUCCAGCUCCAGCAACAACAGCAACAACAACUUCAAAAACAACAAAUGCAGCUAUGACCGAGCCAGGUGUUUCAACUGCUGUACCAGUCCAAGAGUGCAUAAUGGAUCAGAUGGGUAAGAAUUAUAGAGGAACUAUUAGUCAAACUAACACAGGUCGUACAUGCCAGGCUUGGUCAUUGCAAGUCCCCCAUAAGCAUAGCUAUAGUGAUCAACUCUCUGAUCAGAAGAACUACUGUCGUAACGCAGAUGAUGAGCCAUAUGGUCCAUGGUGCUAUACAACUGAUGUAAACCAAAGAUGGGAGUAUUGUGAUAUACCGUAUUGUGCUGGAGCAGUUACACCAGUCAUCCCCACUACUACUACAACAAUUGCAGUUACGACAACUGCUGCUAAGACAUGGAGUGAAAAAUGUGGGUUUUUUUGGGAAAAUUCACCUAUCCCUGAUGUUUGUUAUCAUUUUGAUAAUCGUUUAUCAAGCUGGAUGGAAGCAAGAACAAAAUGUCAAACGUUGGGUGGAAAGCUAGUUAGUAUCACAUCAACUCAUGAACAGCUUUACCUUGCUGGACGGUUGCUAAGUAGUAAUUUCAGAUCAAUGUGGAUAGGUGCCAAUUGUCGGGGAGCAGAUGAAGGCUGGAGAUGGUCUGAUGGUUCGCCAUUCUCCUUUCUACAUUGGAUGCAAGAUCAGCCUGAUGGGCUUGAAAAUGGUGAAGACUGUGUUUCUAUGGAUACUAAGUUAGGACAAUGGGAAGAUCAAGAAUGUGAUGUCAAACAAGGCUUUAUUUGUAGAAAGUCAGUUGCUGCACCAACCCUGCCACUAAUUCCAACAACAUCACCUGUAAUUGGAAAAGGCCAAACCUAUGGUUGUCCAGGUGGAUGGGUUAGUUAUAAAUCAAACUGCUAUUUGAUUGCUAGAAACAAAACCACAUGGAAUGCUGCCAGAUCUAUUUGUAGGAAGAAUGGCGCUGAUUUAACUUCGAUUGCAGAAGAAGGAGAACAGGAUUUUAUUACAAGCCAAAUCCCUAAAACUCAUUGCUACAACAUCCAUUCCAAUGAUACUCAGUGUGAUUUAUGGAGAGAUCAAGGAGAAUGUCAGAAGAACCCAGUAUGGAUGGCAAGGUCGUGUCAUAAGAGCUGUAACUUGUGUAUUCGGGAUUGUAAAAACAUCCAUUAUUCUGUGGAGUGUGACCACUGGGCUAGUGUUGGUGAAUGUUACAAAAACCCAUCUUAUAUGCUACAGAAUUGUCCAUUGUCAUGUGGAAUUUGUGAUUCAGCUAUCUAUGGUGGAUUUUGGAUUGGAUUUAGUGAUACUGCAUUCCAAAUGAAUUUUAAAUGGUCAGAUGAUAGCACUGUCGAAUAUACGAAAUGGGCAAAAUCUGAGCCCAACAAUUGGAAUGGUCAGACACGGGAGGAUUGUGUUAUUAUUCUUCUGAAGAAUGGAAAAUGGAAUGAUGUUCCUUGUGACAUGGCCAAUGCUGGAUUUAUUUGUAAGAAGAGGAAGCAGGUUUUAGAUGAAGUUACACAGUCACCACUAGCUGUUGGUUGUGUCAAUAACACCAUUGGUUACGAUGCUUACUGUUAUGGAAUCAAUGAUGAAAUGACAGAUUGGGCAACAGCAGAGAGUGGUUGUGCUCAAGUUCAAUAUGGACAUCUGGCUACAAUAAACAAUGUGUACACACAGUUGUUUUUAGCUAGUCAGAUAGUUGGUAAAUCUGGACACUAUUGGAUUGGUCUUACCCAGGAUGUUAACCCUGGUGCCAUGGUUUCUUGGACUAGUGGUCUUCCAGUAUCAUAUACAGCUUGGGCCAGGAGUCAUACAGGGAGUAUUGAUGAAGAUGCUAUGUGUGUUGCCAUGACAGCAACCCAUCCUAUUGGAUUAUGGGAAACCAAAAACUGUACAUUAGAAAAGUCCUACAUUUGUGAAUAUCCUAGAGAAGGUUACACUACACCUACAACUACAACUACUACAGUAGCACCUGUAUUCUGUCCUCCAUCUUGGUUGGGGUUUAAUGGUUAUUGUUAUAAGACUAUAUACAAGAGUGCUGAUCAAAGAACUUGGAUGAAAAGCCGUGACUUCUGUCGCGAGAGAGGAGCUGAUUUAGCCAGUAUUCACAGUAGUGAAGAAAACAACUUUUUGAGAAACAGAAUGAUUCGUUAUCGUAACUAUGAAAACAUUUGGGUUGGUUUAAAUGAUAGAGAUUCAGAAAAUGGUUUUGAGUGGUCUGAUGGAUCCCCAGUGGACUUCAUGAUGUGGGGAACAAAUGAACCUAACGAUAAAUAUCAACAAGAGGAUUGCGUUUCGAUCAAUAGAUAUGGCAGCGGAUGGAAUGAUGAUAAUUGUUACAAGACUGAAUCGUUUAUUUGCAAAAUUCAGAAAGGGAUGCCAUUGAUAGAACCAAAUGACACAUACACUAAAGAAUAUUGUGAUAGUGAUUGGCUAUAUUUUGAUGGCUAUUGUUACUUAAUGAAAUCAUAUGACAGGAAAAAUUUCAAAGAUGCGGCAAAAAUAUGUAACGAUAAAAAAUCCAACUUACUUAGCAUCCAUUCUCAGCAUGAAAGUAAUUGGAUUUUAGAACAUAUUUACAGACGGUCUGGAAUGUGGAUUGGUCUGAAUAAGUUAAAUCAUCAGUAUGAAGGCUACAGAUGGAAUGAUAAUUCCCCAGUAGACUAUGUAUCCUGGGGUUCAGGCAAACCAAGUUCUCCUUCUGUCAACAAGUGUGUCAUGAUACAGUCGAGUUCAGGUCGUUGGACUGACUUCAACUGUAAUAGAGGCGUAAAUGGUUAUAUUUGCAAGAGAAAGAAUGACACAGAUAGUUUUACAACAACCCCAGCCUCUUCUAUACCUACAGUGAGAGGUGGAUGUUUAGGAGGAUUCGUCAGAUCUACAUUCAAUAGUAAAUGUUAUAGAUUUUUUAAAACAAAGAAAACUUGGAGCCAAGCAAAGGCAACUUGUGAAACUUAUGGAAGGACUUAUGGUUUGGUCACUAUACAGAGUGAAUUAGAACAGAUGUUUAUAACCACUAUGCUGAUUAACAGCCUAGAGAUGGUUUGGAUAGGAAUGACAGAUGAACAUACUUUCAGGAAGUAUUAUUGGGAUGAUAGUUCACAAGUUUCAUACACUAACUGGAACUCUAAGGAGCCUAAUGGGUAUAAUGAACAUUGUGUUGAUCUCUUUGUGAUAAAGGAGAAGUUUGGAGAAUGGAAUGAUGAAAGAUGCAGUUCAUCUUUGUAUUUCAUCUGUCAGGGGUUACAAAAUCCAUUAUUCCCUAUAGAAACUUCUGAAUCUGAGUACUGUCCACUAGGAUAUGACAAAUAUGAUCAAAUGUGUUACAAAUUACUUGAAGCAACUAAUGAUUGGAAUACUUCGUUGUCAAAAUGUCAAGAAGAUGGAGGUAGCUUAGCAUCCAUACGUAAUCUUCCAGAGAAAAGUUUUGUUAGCUAUCUCACGUAUAACAAGUCAUCACUACCAUUUUGGAUCGGCCUCAACAAAAUGAAUUCUGAGGAUGGUAUAACUUAUAAAUGGAGUAAUGGUUGGCCUGUAAUUUACACUAAUUGGAAUUCAGAUUAUUUGCCAAGUAAGCCUUGUAUAGCUGUUGGAGAAGAUUUUUGGAGAGAUAAAGAUUGUGAUACCAAACUUCCAGCAUUGUGUCAGAUCAAUAAAAUAUCACCACCGAAAGCAGCAGAUCAGUCCACUUGCCCGCAAGGUGGUUAUGUAUUUGGGGACAAAUGCUAUUAUCCAAUUCUACAUAAUCCUUUGACAUGGUUCAAAGCAAAGGAAGAAUGUGAUAACAAAGGAUUAACAUUGACUAGCAUACAAAACCUUGAUCAAAUAGAUUAUUUGAUUAAUUUGAUCCAAAAAUUGGCUGGAAGCAGAUUGGAGGUUUGGAUCGGAUUGAACAAGCUGAAUAGAUUUUCUCAAUCCUGGUCUUGGGUAGACUCAUCUUCAAAGACAUUUGAAAACUGGAACAGUGGGGAGCCUUCAACAUCAUGGCAUAGUAGUACAUCCGAUGAAUGUGUGGAAAUGAGACCAGAUGGGACAUGGAAUGAUAUCAAUUGUCAUGAUUAUGAAAGACCAUUUAUUUGUAGUGGUGACACAGAUAGAGCAGUUACACCACCAAUCGCCACUACAGCUACAACAAAAGCAGGAAACACUGUUGCCAUAGAAACAACUGAAGUAACAAAUACAUAUUUACCAACAACUACAACACCACUUGUAGCAAAACCAAGAGAUGAUGAAUUUGUCAGUCAAAAAAGAGUUUCAGGAGUAACCACAGGUUUAACAACAGGACAAAUAAUUGGAAUUCUAAUUGGUAUUUUGGGAUGUUUUGUAAUAGUGGCAGCCAUUUUAUUUAUCAUAAGAUUCAAUAGACAGAAUGACUCAUAUAAACCUAAAACCCACAGUUUUGCAAAUGCCUUGUAUCUAAAAACAUCAGAAGAAAAUAAUGAAGAUGAUCCAAAUGCUAUUGGUUCUAUUGUGAAAAUAUGUGGGGCAGAUCCUUUGUGAUUUUUAGAUUACUUUAUAUAUGUUCUAUGUCACUCUUUGUCAAUUAGGAUUAUCAAAACUCGAGUCUGUUGACAAUGUUUAGCUAUUGGUGACUUUAGAACUAGCCUUUGAUUGAGUUUCUGUCAGAGAUUUUAUUUAAAAGAAAAAAAACAACCGAUAUAUAAGAAUAUUUCUUGAUCACGUAAAAGAUGUAUCAUGCAUAAAUACUAAUACAAAUCAACAUUAUUCAUGUGAAGGGCAAACUUAUAAUUCUCAACUGUAAAGUCAUCUAGAAAAAGUGUAUACAUUGAUAUCAUGAAAAUGAUGACAGGUCAAGGGUCAACAAAUUAAAGUAAAUCAUACAUAGUAAAUUACGUUUCAUUUUUUGGUAAACAAUCAUAUCUGCUUCUUAUUCUGAAUUUUCUAUAAUCGAAAAAGAGUAAGGCAUUCUGAAAUUCUAUUUUUGGAGUCAUUCAUGCAAUCAUAAGGCUUGUUGGCUUGUUUUAUUAUCAGGAAUUUAUUACUACUGUUCAGAAAUUAAAAAAUAAAGCAAAGUGCAUUGAGCGCAACAUUCUUUACAUCAAAAUUUGAGAUAACUUCCUUUGUCCAUAAUUAUAAACAAAGGAUGCAUUCCAAUUAUUAAUAAAAUGAAAUGUAGAGUUUUUAGUUCCUACUUCAAAAUGAAUGCAAUAUUUACCCUUCAAUCCUCACUAGCAAUAAGAUAUCCAUUUUGAUGGUUUAAAAACUUAAAUUGAAGACCAACGUCUCUAUGCAUUAGAUUGGUAGUAAUCGUGAUCAAAUAUAAUGCAUUUGAACUGUAAGCUCAGUAGUUUGAAAUUUCAAUCAUGCUUAACAAAUUUUAAGCUUUUUAUAAAGUAUAAAGAGGAGAUAUUAAUUGUUUUCAGUUUGUUUUUGUUUUGUUUUGUUGGUUUUGUUUGAGGGGGGGGGGGGGGUUUACAAUUUGUAAUUGGAAUAGUUCGGAGAUCACUGUUUUUACAAAUAGACUACGUAUUGUGGCUUUAUGUCAUUAACACAAAGUGUUAUUGACUGUAAUCAUAAGUAUAUUUUGUUUUCAGGUCAUAUACAACAGGUUCUUACUAUUCCUUAUGAAUUUAUGUUUGUUAUCAUAAGUGUAUUUUGUUUUCAGGUCAUAUACCACAGGGUCUUACAAUUCCUUAUGAAUUUAUGUUUGUUAUCAUAGGUGUAUUUUGUUUUCAGGUCAUAUACCACAGGGUUUUACUGUUCCUUAUGAAUUCAUGUCAACGCUAUUAAAGGAUUAUAUGUU